AUGGUUUUAAUUGCAACUGAUCAUAAUCCUUUCAAGGAAGAGAUUCCUCCUGAUGCUGACCAGCCAGCAAAGCUCCACUUUUAUCACCGUAUGUACACUCUGAUGGAAAUUCUGGCAAAGAAUUUAAACCAUUUGGGUAUCUUGGAGGAGCACACAAUUACCAGGCUGAUCAUGGAUGGGCUCCCAGCAUGGUGGGAUUCCCAGCUCUCCAUUAAGGAUCUGCAUUUUGAUGGGGUACCCAUGAGGAUUUACCAGCCAAGAAAACCAUCUGCAAGCAAACGGAGAGGAGUUCUCUUCAUCCAUGGGGGAUGUGGCAUUUUUGGAAGCAUCAGAAGUUAUGAAAGAAUAUGCCGGUACAUAGCCAGAAAAUCUGAUUCAGUGGUUGUGUCUGUUGGGUAUCAUUUAGCACCAGAACACAAGUAUCCAGCCCAGACUCUGGAAUGUCUCACUGCCACCGUGCACUUCCUGAGGACUGCAGAGACCCACGGGGUGGAUCCUGCUCGGGUUAUUGUUUGUGGGGACAGUGUAGGGGGCACAUUCGCUGCCUGUGUUUGCCAAGAACUUGUGCGUAGGACAGAUAUCCCAAAGAUCCGUGCCCAGGUGCUGAUCUAUCCAUUUCUCCAAGCACUGAACUUCAAUCUGCCAUCCCACCAGAAAAACGCUGCCACCGCCUUCCUGUCCCGGGAGCGCACAGUCCAUUUUAUUCUCAAAUACCUGAAUAAGGAUUGCUCCCUGAAGGAACCAAUUCUGGCUGGUUCUCAUGUUCCUGAGAGUAUAAAUUUGAAAUACAGGAAAUGGAUAAACCCAGAUCUUAUUCUAGACAUGUUUAAACUGGGCUAUAAACCCCCACUCCCCACUUUGUUUUUAUCUCAAGUCCAUGAAGAAGUGCAAGAGCUGUUUGAGCCCCGGGUGUCCCCGCUGCUGGCAGAGGAUGCUGUUGUUUGUGGCCUCCCUGACACCUGUAUUGUCACCUGUGAGCACGAUGUGCUCAGGGAUGAGGGACUGUUGUACAAGAAACGCUUGGAGGACAACAACGUACACGUCACCUGGCACCACGUGGAAAAAGGCUUUCAUGGUGCACUGGGAUUUUUUGGAUAUGGUAUUUUCUCUUUCCCAUCAUCAAGUACAAUUAUGAACCACGUUGUAAACUUUAUAAAAGGCUAUUAAAUCAUUUUAUUGCAUACAGUGCACUUGUAUUUAGAAAGAGUGUGAUUCAAUUAAGUAUUUACUAGCUAUUUGUCCAUUAGAAUCAAGGCAAGAACAUACGACAUUAGCAUGGUC